CAUUUCUUGUUUUGAUCCUCGACGCAUUCGCAUGCGCAAUCUUAUGGUCUUAAGAAGAUCGCGUCACAUAUGUGUCGGAAAUAGCGACACCAUUUAUUUCCAAGGCGAAGAUUCUUGCACAGACCGAAUCUAUGGCAACCGGGGUUUUUUUUUGUGUUUCAGUUUCACGAGUGAGACGAGCCAAGUCGGUCUUUUCCUGCUGAUAAGAUACUUAUCGCAAGUAAAAUUGAAAGUAGAAUCUCAACACGAUGUGAGGAUUCUAAUCUCGAUAAGAAGGCCAUGACCACGACUCUCCACAUGCUACCGGGUGCUGCCGGGCAGCGGUUCGUGUUGACGCGCGAGGCUUCGGUUCAAAGCAUGAUGACAACGAGAGCGACUGCUCGUGGUGCUUCUUCUUAUGCCUCCCUGCUACAACCUCAACCGAAACGCCUGCCCUCGUUGUCGACAACGCUCCGAGCAUCAAGCUGCGGGCCGAAUCUGCCACGGUCCGGUAGCGGUACAGCAUUUGCGCAGAGGGGCGUAGCAGCCUCAUUUGCAGAGGACCGGGCGUCAAUGUUGCUUUUUCAGCACCGGUCUAUCAGCGGUUCGUCUUGCGGAGUCAGAAAGAUUGCUGAUUCGUUGUACUAUCAAGGAUCUCCGCGCAAGACUACUAGCUUCUGUCCGGGGUGGACCUCCACGCGAUUGCUCGCGCUCAGGAAUGGCGCUCAAUCAAGAUCUGUAACGAAUGCACCUGUAGUAGGUGGCAGUCGUGUAUCAAUAUCGCGUUAUUCUCGAAGUCGAAGCUUUGCAACCACAUCGGCAGCUGCAGGGAACGGAGCUGCAGUUGCGGAGGAUGCAGGCAUAGUUGACAGCAGCGCCAGUACCUACCACGAGGAGCUGUUUGACGUUGCAAGUGCCACGACACCGGUGCCCGCUAUAAUGUCCGCAGAUCACCACGACCUCCUACUGCACGCAGGAGCUGCCGCACAGGACCAGCAGCUUGCUGCAGCCGCAGGAGGUACUUCUUCUACCACAGACGCCAUAGCAUCGACGGUCGAAGCGGCUUGUUCAUCUAGUGCGUCAACAAGUUCUUCCACUUCCUUCCUCUCCACCCUGCUCUACACACCUGUGGACGUGGUUCACGAAUUUCUGCAACUGCUGCACGACGAUCUGAACCUGAGUUGGGUCGCCGUCACGCUGGUGGUGCCCUGGGUGUUGAAAGCGGCGGUGCACCUGCCCGCCCAGCUGGCCAUCCAGAAACGGAUGCAACGAGACAGUCCGAAACUCCUCGAGCUGUCCGUUGCGGCGCAGGAGCUGCUAUGCAUUGCAAAAGUAACGUACUCGUAGAAAUGCAUUACAAAUUUUCUCAGCAUGAGAAAUAAAAUUUCUAAUGCUGAUUUACUUAUAAAAAAAAGAUUUGUAAUGCAUGAUUGCAAUACGAGUGCGAUGCUUUUGCACAGGAUAGCUGCGGCAGAAGUUCCCGCUCGACAGCGAACGGUUCGUGAAGGAGUACAAAGCGGUGGCAAAGAAGCUGGACAUUCCGAUAUCCUAUGUAAAAACGUACCCACCCCAUAGUCAAGAUGGGGAAUCGGCUAGACAAAUCCACAAGCUUUGGCUGUUUCGCAUGACAAAUUUGGACGCGUAGUGUAGUGCUGUUUGAGCUAGUUCAGCAGCAUUACAGAUCUAGUCUCUCAUGCUGAUUGGAGCAUGACAAAUUUCGAAACACCAUUAGAAACUGCUUCUCAUGGGGCUCCGCAUGAUAAACAUUUUAAGCAUGCAGAUUUCCAUGACAACUAUGGUGUGGGGACGUUUUUACACAGGAUAUCCGAACCCCUGGGUCGCCCAAAUGCGGCCCAUUCUCGGCAUGCUGCUGCUAAGCCCCUUCCACAUGAGCAUGUUUUUUGCGUUCCGCAACAUGACACCACGGUUUUCCCCCAGCUGGAACGUCGAGGGGUUCCUGUGGUGCCAAGACUUGAAUCUGCCGGACUGCUACACGGUGUUGCCCUUCCUGACCACCUUUCUCACCAUGGCGGCCGUGAAGAUUUCGGCGAGUUAUGUCGCGGACGCGAAAACCCGGCGGGUGCUGCACUUGACCUCGUUUGUCAUCGGCGCCGUCACGCUCCCGGUCACCGCGUAUUUUUCCGCCGGCUUCAACCUCUACUGUUGCAGCAACGUGGUGUCCGGCAUCGGCCUGGCUGCCCUGAUGCGGCAGCCCGGGUUCCGUGCCUUGUUUGGCUUGAAGCCAAACACGAAGCUAGACGCGGACGGGAAUAUCGUUUUAGUGAACCCUCUGGCACCCCCGCAGGAGGCGGCAGAAAGUGGUGCUGGUGGUGGCGGAGCUGCUCGCGGUAUCGAGAUACCAGAACCGCUUUUACAAAGUAUUUGCCUGACGUAUUUGAACUGUUCUUGCUCCUGCGUUAAGCGUUAAGGUCAUGUUCGUGACCCUCGACAAAGUGCUUCAAUGCCUCCUCAGUUUCAGAUUUAGUUCCAUUUGUACCUUCUACUUGAACGAUAUUGUGCUAUUAUAGAAGAGAAAAACAAGAAACUUUAAAAGAGGUGAGCGGGCGCCACCGCUCGACAGGCCUGGAAAGGAUGAAAACAACUCCAACGUUUCCGUUCGGAGCGUUCCUCUCGCGAGUGCGGCCAUGAUGACCAAGAAGGGGAACGACUACACGAAUCAUGCGCGGGAAAGCCAGGAGCAGGAUAUCAGAACUUUAGGAAGCAGUGCAUCAACUGCUGCAGGAACCACAUCUAUUGCACCAGCACCGCUUCCAUUUCUGCAGCCAGCAACACAACUUGAUGCUCCUUCCCACCCACCAGCUUCAUCAAGAACGUCCGCCCUGGUUCUUUCCAGUACCACCUUUUCUGCGGACUUGCAAAAGUACCGGCCCCCGAAGUCCGUCGCCUUGAAGGCCGCGAAAAUCGACGAGGACUUUUUUUGCGGACAGAAAACGCGGUUCGGCGUGUUCCGCGUGUCAAACCACCCGUUUCGGCGGUUUUUGUACGGGAGCUUGGGAUACGGAUUGCAAAUAUGUCUGGGUCUGGAAGAUCCAAACUUGUGAUGCUGCAUUAGGAUGCUAAAAAAAUCUGUAUUGCAUGAGCAGCAAGAGGAGUAGAAUUUGGCUACGCGGAGAGGGCAUUUGUCAUGCAGGGUGCGCAUCGAUAAGCGCUUAAAAAAUCUGUGAUGCUAUCGCAUACAUCAUAGACAUCAUAGAUCAUGGAAAAUGUGCAUGACAAACUUGUCCUCUUCCAGACCCAGACGUAUUUGCAAGGCAUAUGGGGCUGGUACUGCUGGGAAACGCGGUGUUCCGGCAAUACGAACUUUCCAAGGACGUGACGGAACUAGGAAAAGCCGAGGCGUCGAAAAAGUGGUGCCCGGUCGUCAUAACCGCAGCGGUAUGCAUUCUUGCAAAAGUACUAGCGUACUUACCAGUAGUUAUCGCAGAUACAAAUUUUGUCAGAAAGGAAUAUGGACUUCGUCAUGUGAAAUCAGCGGAGAAGAUGAAAAAAAUAUCAGUCUGUCAUGCAUCAUUCCGAUUACUACGGGUGCGAUAAGUACUUUUGCAGCGGAUAAGCGGCGGACCGGCAGCGGGCGCUCAUGGCCGAGGCGGUUAUCGGGGACGCUGGGGAGGAGGAUGGCGAUGGAAUAGAGCUAGAAACUGAUGACAGCAACAUCAAGCGGUAACUGGAGGGAUAAGUACCGACACAAACUUUGAAAUUAUCCAUCGCUGAACAUCAAACGACACUUAGUUUACCGUUAGACGCUGACCUGCAGACACCAGUGCUGUUUGAAAACUAGGCAUCGAGUAGAUGAUGUUGCGUUGUCAGUGGUAAAAAUCCAAUUUGCAGUAGACAAAAGAAAGGAUAACUGCAGCUAAGCCUGAGUAGCAGGCACGUGAUGCACGAUAUAU